AAAGGAAAGCCCAGUUGCUGUCAUUGGGAGUGCUGGCUCACACAUACUCCUCUUCAUCAGGCUUGACCUCUCAUUUCACCUGUAAUCACAAUGACUCAUUAAAGAAGGAACUAGCACCUUGCCCUUAGAGACAGAAAGUGGUCUUAGAAACAGCGUCCCUCCCCUUUGAGAAAAUGACUCCCAAGAAACAGGCCUACAGAAUCUGGGACAUCUGCCAGAAGACUUUUUAUCUGAGGAACAACCAACUCGUGGCUGGCUAUUUGCAAGGCCCUAAUUCUAACCUAGAAGAGAAAAUUGACCUGGUUUCCAUUGAUCCUCAUUCUGUACUUUUGGGGAUCCAUGACGGGAGCCUGUGCCUGGCCUGUGUCAAAUCGGGUGAUACAGUCCUUCUCCGGUUGGAGGCAGUGAACAUCACAGACCUGAACAAGGAUAGAAAUGAGUCCGAGCGUUUCACUUUCAUCAAGUCUGAAAACGGUUCCACCUGCAGCUUUGAGUCCGCUGCCUGCCCUGGCUGGUUCCUCUGCACCCAGGCAGAGCCCGACAGGCCAGUCAGCCUUUCCAACACUCAAACAGAGGCCAUCAUCACCAAAUUCUACUUCCAGAAGGAAUAACUCCAAGAGGACUGCCUACCUUCAUUCCUACCCUAUACUGUCUCCCUUCCUUGCUGGCCUUCCCCGGCAAGGAAGACCUUCCCUCACUCCUGGGCCUAGAAAUCCCCAUCUUUUUCCAUUGCUGGCCAUCCCAAGGUAGCAGUGCCAUGAAUACUGUCAUCUCUGAGCCAGCCCAUUGAGGAAUGAGUAUUGGACUGGAAAUCAGGAGACUUGGGUCCCUGCCUUGCCACUUUUUACUUAUGUGACCUUGGACAGGUAGCUUCAUUUUUCUAAAUCUCAGUUUCACCAUCUGUAAAAUGACUAGGUUGGAGGAAACAACCUCUGAGACCUCUUGCAGCUCCAAAGUUAAUCUGAUUCUAAGCUCAGCUAACAAUGUGUUGCUUGAUUUUCCUUUCUCUGGGUCUCAGGGUCCCCUGCUCGUCCCUCAGGAAAAGCAAGCCUGCCCCACCAAGGAAUAGCGCCCCAGGAGAACAUUAGGAGAUGAUAAAGGCUCAGAUCUGUGAACUGGGCAUUUUGGUUUUUGGGGGGUUUUUGUAUGUCUUGUGACAUACUACAUCAUACUUCAAUAAAAACCUUGAAAAAUCA